AUGGAAAAACUCGCGAAAGGACAAGGCAAGAGGCGUGCCGACAUGUACUUUGCUACCAUGAACAAGAAAAACCCGUCUGACAGCCUUAAGAGUGCCUAUGAAAAUCUCGUGGCUGUGAGCAAAUUUGACGAAGAAGAUUAUCAGGAGCUCCAAGCACAGGCGGUUAUAGGCAUCUCCAGGGAUGAUAGAGUCUCCAACACAGAAUUGCUGCGCAGAGCCAACAUGUCAUGCAUUAAGGCACUCAUCAUGAAACCAAAGGUGCGGGGGGUGGACAUGUGGUUCGAACGGACGACGCGCGCCUCCCGAAGAUGGUCUUCUUCUCUGACCUGGCUACCGGUGCGCGUAGCAUUAGACACCCUCUGAAGAGGUUCAAACAAAGCCUGAAACAAAAAACUAAAUUGAAUCCCAUUCUUGGAUGAGAAACCGUCACCGCAAACCCCAGCGCCCGGAGAAUGGCCGUCCACAAGGGCGUUCAAGGCUUUUUAAAAAGCGGCUGUACAACCUCGACCAGGCCUUUCGGAAGGCCGGGUUCUAGUUGCGCGAAGGCUGCGUCUUAGCGAUUGAAUCGAUCUAAACGGUUUCUUCGAGUUGCUUAGGGUAGGCCAUUAUAACUGAUUUUUUUUGUAAAUUUACAAAGGAUGGGGAGUGGAAAGUAAUAGACAAAGAACUACUCAGCAGCCAAGCGUCAACAGGAAAAGGUCAAGCGAAGCCUUUCCCCGCCAUGCCGCCUGUAAUCGGAAAAACAGACGAGGAUCUCAGCAGUGACGAAAAAUACGAGGAGGAAAGCUUUCGAUCUAAGCAACUCUUUUUAUUUGCUUGGCAAAUUGCUAAAAGAAUGGUAAUUACUAUAUGAUUAUUUUCUGAGCGACGUUGCUUCGAUUCAGUUUCUGUUUUUAUCAUUCAAAGAUCGGUUUCAGACUAUUUCAGAAGCAAGAAAGAAAGGACAUAUGGGUUAAUUUUCUAGACGAAGAAUGAUUUGAUUUUUUUUUAUUAGAAUGUCAAAUUAGUUUUAGUGGAGAAAUUGUCUUAGUCGAUCGAACCAAAUUUGGCAUGUUUCGUAUAAUCUUGAAUCAGUCGUUCAGAUCAGUUCAGUUCAGUAUUUUUCUUUUAAUUGUUUGCCCCUAAUUUUCUCGCCUUCACCCAUGCCCUUUUAGGCAGUAAUAGUCCUGUAACUGAAGUAUUUUGGUACUUAUUUUCAUUUUUCCUCCUUCCUUCUGAAAAUUAGAAUCAUCUCGCCGAAACAAUCUUGUUCACAGAGACCUUGCUGCCCGUAAUGUUCUUGUUGGCCAUGACAACCAAAUCAAAGUGUCAGACUUUAUGUUGAUGAGACAAAUCUAUGAAGAUGUGAGCAGCUCAGCGAAGUCCAAAAAACUUCCUGUGAAAUGGAUGGCCCCAGAAUCACUCUAUCAAGGCCUAUACACUACCAAAAGUGAUGUGUACGUACAAAAGAUUCCCACUCUUUUAAACACAUUUCGAUACAUUGCUGCUGAGAAAACCUCAGCUACCCUAAAAAUCGUGAUCAGUGAGUUUAAUUCAAACCGAUCUAGAAUUCCAGUGGUUAAUAUAGUGGGUAAUUUCGUAAUUGUCAGCGCAAUUUUGACUCAGGACGAUAUAUAGUUUUCAUAGUCAAUAGCGAGAGCGGCGUCUGUUGAAUUCUUAAAUCAGAGUGUAUGUAAAGAUCACUUAGAAGCUUUCCUUUGCCGGGAAAAGUUUACGAAUAUGCGACAGACCCGUCACGUAAAUUGGUAUUGAUUUCCCUACUCUAUUAACCUUGCUAGGCCAUUUGCUAAGGGCUUUGAGCAUCUGAGGCCUGGUGUCAUAGGGUUUAGUCAAGCGCGAAGGCACGGAAAGGUGGACACACGCCCUUUUCCCCUUAAGUUCGUCAAGUAAAAAGAAGAGGAGGAAAAUUUAUAGCGUUUAUGCAGUGGGUAUAUUCAUGACCUUUGUGCUUUUCUCUACAGUUGGUCUUUUGGUGUUGUUCUUUGGGAGAUAGCUACAUUGGGUGAGUAGACCGUCACACUCUGAUCUUGUUACCUUCCAAGGGGAGUGAGAUCCCAAAGACUGUCCUCCCUGGUGCCACGGGGGAUAUGACUUGAAUAGUGCGACUAGCCUGAUAUUAAAGGACGACACUGGGACUUUUAAAAGAGUGAGUCCUUACUAGAUAAGGUUAUUGCCAUCAGGAAACAGGCUGAUACCUGAUCAAUUGUAUUUGUGGCAAGCCAUGCCAGUAGGUUUUUUUGUUUUGAACUAGGCUUUAUGUCUGAAAUCAUAAAUAAGUGAUAAUCGGCAUCAAAUAUGUACGCAUUAUAGAGAGUAUUAUUACUAAGCACCAUGCUUUCUUUCUUUCUUUCUUUCUUUCUUUCUUUCUUUCUUUCUUUCUUUCUUUCUUUCUUUCUUUCUUUCUUUCUUUCUUUCUUUCUCUCUCUCUUUCUUUCUUUCUCUCUCUCUCUCUUUCUUUCUUUCUUUCUUUCUUUCUCCCUUUCUUUCUUUCUUUCUUUCUUUCUUUCUUUCUUUCUCUCUCACAUUUAAAUCCAACUGUGACCCCUAUUCAAUCACUAUUGUUUUGCAAAACUGCAUUAUUGAGUGCGGGUCCGGGGAAUGAAGAGUCGUGGACGUUGACAUUUCCAGUAGAAAUCUAUCCAAGGGAAUGAGCCGUAUUUUCAAAUAAUAACAUGUAUAUUUUUUUCUUUCUCAUAACGUGAUCAGGAGGCGUACCAUACGCCACGCUGACCAACUCAGAGUUGUAUCGACUGCUUGGCACUGGUUAUCGCAUGGAAAGGCCUGACAUGUGCUCCGAUGAUGUGUACGUUCCUUGA